AGAAGGAAAUCUGUUCCUCUUAAAACAUCCACAACAACAAAAACAACAACAAAGCCUUCAGCUGUACAAUGUCAAGACAAGACAUCUCUAUCAGAUGUAGUCAGUAAGAAAAAGAAAUCAUUGCAGCUAACUUGUAUUACAGAUGGAAGUGUAUCUGCUGGUCCAUCAAAGGAUUCUAAAAAAGUUAAGGAAUCAGCAAUUUUGAAAGGGAGUGAAGUGUGUAACAAAGAACGACCUAGUACUGCACUGGAUGAAUUUUUGAAGUCUGCAUCGAAAUCAUUUCAGGAAAUUGAAUGUUCUACCAAAAUGUCUGUGAUUGGUAAAGACACGCCAGUGCUAGAAGUGCCCUAUGUUAUACCAAAAAAGAAAAAGCCAACUGAUGGCAGUGCUAAGACUUUAAAAAGAAAGAUUUCUGUGAAGGAGGAUUCUGUGGAAACUUCACCUGUUGCGAAGAAAAAAGUGAUAUCUGAGGCUGAAAUAAAUUUCUUUGGAUCUAAAAAAGAGCAAAAAGGUAGCAAAGCAGAAAGACCAAAGAAAAUUAAAGAAAUGUUAUAUCCAGUUAAAACUGGUAGAGCCGCAAAGGUGGAGACCGGAAGUUUGGAUAAGCGGAAAGACUUAAAACGAAAGUUUUCUAAAGGUGUUACAAUAUUGAUAAGCGAUGACAGUGAUGCUUUGAGUACAGCAAAUGCUGAUUCAAGUUCUGAGGAAGACAGUCAUCUUAAACAGAUUUGGGAUGAGUAUGAUCCAGAACCCGACUUUGAAUUGGUUGAAGAGUCACCAGUAAAAAGCCAAACG